AUGUGGUUGUUACUGAUGCUGCCGGUGCUUGCCAUCGCAGCGGCACCACCGAGCGACUCAGAUGCAUGUAAUCCGGAUAAGAUGACAGUUUAUCGAAUGGUAUUACAUACAUAUUGGACAAGAGAAAAGUUUCCAAAGCACUAUCCAGACUGGAGACCCCCUGCUCAAUGGUCGAAAGUAUACGGUGUAUCCCAUAGCCGUUCAUACGUGCUAUUUCGUCUUGGAAGACGAGUCUCUCCAUCAGUCCGUCAGUUUGCUGAAUCAGGUAGAUCUGAUACACUCGGAGCAGCGCCUGGUACUCUAGACGUCUUCGGCGGAGCAGCCAUCGGUCAAGGAUUGGGCAGAGCUGAGGCUGAUUUUUUUGUCGAUGGGAAUCACUCCAGGGUCUCGGUGAUGACGAAGAUGAUACCGUCUCCGGAUUGGUUCAUUGGAGUUGACAGCUUUGAUCUUUGCGUUGACGGAAAUUGGCUGGACAGCAUUACUAUAGAGGUGGACCCAUUGGACGCGGGAACGGACAACGGUUUCACGUUCACAGCUCCGAACUGGCCGACUGCCCCCCAGGGGGUCGCGUAUCGCAUCACAUCCAAAUACCCCUCGCACCCCGCCGGCUCCUUCUUCUACCCCCACCUGAGAAGACUUCCGCCGAUAGCCACGUUCCAAUUUAUUAAGCUGCGGGAAUACGAGCUCUCGGAAGUUUUUCAUCGUGACAGUGAUGACCGUAAAUAUGACGUGCUCCAAUUGGACAAAUUAAACCACAAUAAUGUUGAUGUUCUUGAUGGCAACCGAGCACUCUCCAUCGCUGAAGAGGUCGAAAGAGCUGAAGCGCCAAGGAUUUACUCAGACGGAUCUCUAACAACGCCAGAUAGCUCGUAUUCAUAUUACUCCAUCACAAACAACACAGCGAGCACUGAGGAGCCAAGAUCAGCAAAUGAAGUACCGAAUCCUACAGCAAGCGAGCGUUCAGCUUUGCGGAGUCUGGCAAGAAGAUAUCGUGCUAGAAGACGACGUAAACUUCGCGGAGACAGUACCGACCCGGCCGAGAGAAGGAAGCGAAAAAGAACAAGGCUCCUAGACUGUCGGGUAUCUCAAUGGGGUGAAUGGAGUCCAUGUAGGAAUGACGGCAACUGCGUCGGAUCAGCUCUAAGAACUCGAAGAAUUAUUCGUCGUCAACGACCUGGUGGUAGCCCCUGCCCACCGACAGCUCAGUCCCGAUGGUGCGCUACCAACUGCACCACGCCACCUCCAAUGGAGGACUGGCGAAACAACCUCACGUAA